AUGUCCCAGCAGAAGCAGCAAUCCUGGGAACCCACGCGUGCUCCCAUGUGCUCCCCUCCCCAAUGCUCAACCCCCUCCCUGGCUCCCUGCUCUGCUCCUUGUGCUCCCUGUUCAGGAGGCUGUGGUUCUGGUUCCCAAAAGCUUUGGAAUCAGAACAAGCCUGGCACUAGGAGAGCUCACCGGAAGCCCCGCUGCCUUAGUGGGGGCACAACCUAUCACAUCAAAGAGGAAGAGUGCUAAGGUGGUUUGAGAUUUAUGUCUGAGUCCUCAGCAUCCUCAUAG